ACGCAUUCUAACUUCCAAUCAAUAUUUACGAAAGAUUAAUGUGUUAUUCGAGAAGGAAUAUAAAAACUUAAAUUUAUUUCAUUUCGAUCAGGCCAGGCUAUAAAGGUUAUCCAAGUAUAUAUAACGGAAGCGAGAGGUGGGAGAUAGGACGAUAAGAAGUUAGAACGAAACGUGAUCCAGAAUCCCAGAUCCAGGAGGUCUAGGAUCGUUUAUAUUCAGAGAGCAAUACUUUUUAAAACGUAUCUAAACGAAAAAAAGAAAUGGCUGAAAUAAGUUCAGAAUUACUUCAGAUAUUUGGCUUUUGGGGCAGCAUAUUGGUCCUAAAAAUGCUGGCCAUGCUGCCGUUGACUGUACGACAACGAUUUAGAAAGAAGGUAUUUAUGAAUGAAGAAGAUGCCGCAUUAACAGACGGAAGCAAAGUGACAUACAAUGAUCCAGAUGUGGAGCGUGUACGAAGAGCUCAUUUGAAUGAUCUGGAAAAUAUUCUGCCAUGGUUCGCAAUCACAUACCUGUGGUUAGGUACUGGACCUUCAUCAUGGUUAGCUAAAAUGUUGAUACGAACGUUUGUACUUGCCCGAAUAUUUCAUACCAUUUCAUAUGUUAUAAUGAAGCAACAACCUACAAGAGCGAUAGUUUUCUUUGUGGGAUUUGCAAUUACAUUUUAUCAAGCAUUAUCCACAUUGUUACAUUAUUCCUAAUUUCGUACAAAGAGAUAACUUUUGAUAAAGUUCUAUAUUUAUAGAUGAAUAUUAAUCUAUAAAUAUAGUAUAAUAUAUAUUAAUAUAUGGGCAUGGAUACUAAUAAGAGCAUUUAUAACAAAAAUGUUUAGGAGUAAGAUUAUUUUAGCAUUUGAUGAUAAAAUAAUUAUUGUUGUCAUGUUUUUAAAAAAUAUAUGUUUUACAUUCCUAAAAUUUAUAUAUAUAUAUAUAUACACAGUCAAGUUGAUUGUAUAUACCAUUCUUUUAUGCAAUGUGAAAUGAAAAAACUCUUCCAGCUCGUUUACACAAAAACACGUCAUCGCAUAUAA